CUCCGGUGCUUCGUGCGAUAUCGCAUGCCAACAUUUGGCCACUCGAUUACCACAGAGAACACUUCUACGAUAUAAAACGAAACACAGCAUCUCCCGAACAAAGCGACGGUUGGUAUUCGAUUCAUCGCAUUGCAUGCUUCCGUCGACAAUCUUGUGGAUUUUCCGCCAAUAAUCCCGCGGACCGAAUGGACCAAAUGGAUGUUUCUUCUGUAUCGUCGGCAAUAGAUGCAACCUCGACGAUGCCAGAACCAGCAACAUAUCCCAGACCCCCCCCGACACCCGCACAAGUCGCGGCGGAGGCCUCGUCGAGGCAGAGCUACCUGGCACCACCCGCUAGCAGCAGCAAAAAAAGCUGGCUCGAUUCCUUUCUCGAUCUGGUGGCCUACUCGGUGGCGCGAAUCCUGAACCACCCCGACGUCCGCGACGCGGUCUCGUCGGCGAUAUUGGAGGGGAUGGUCAAGCUCUGCUACGUCGAGGACCUGCACGAGCAUUUGCGGCAUGUCGAUGAGACGCUGACAGAACACCAGGUCUCGGAUGCCGCCAAGAAAGGAAAGGACGCCCAGAAGAUCGUCCGRGCCUAUCUGGGUGGCAUGUUUGCYGGUGACAACGACGAAAGCAAAACCGACGACGCCGAUAACGAUUCCCGAAGGAACAGCAAACACACGGAGAACAACAACAAGAAGGUUCGGUAGCCGAACGGCAGUUGUAGACCGAUACAUAGGUUUCCAAAGAGUCGUGUUAAACUAGAAUAUCGAAGAUGCAACAGAGUAUUGCACGUUCGAAGCGCAACUCAUACAAUCAUGACUGCUGGCAUGACUUUGAUUUUGUUACACUUCCAUUCAAAUCAAAUGAAACUUCAUAAAAUGCUUAGGUUUUCAUCGCAACAGCAAUCUUUCUGGCCACAACUCCGGUGAUUGUAUCCAUGAUUGUCUGAUGGUUGCUUCAAAUUGGAUGAAGUCACUUCUCAAAAACARAAGUUCUUGUUUCUUAAGGAAGUGAUGCAUAUCACGUUGUCACAAGAAAAUGUCACCAGGGAUGGUGGCACAAAAUUCKGUUUGUUUCGCUUUGUUUGUUGUGCAUAGCUCAUUUGCAAUCAAAACGUUCCGGUUCGUUCGUUUGCUCRCGGGCAAAUUCUAUUUCAUGGCCCCAGCUUCGCUCAGCGCCUCCCUCAGUUUUCCCUGGAAGGCCAUGUCGACCAUUCCCGGUGCGCUUGUGGAGACGCCCCCAUCGAAUCCCCCGAUGUACUCCCCACCGACAAAGACAAAGGGGACCGAGGUUCGCCCGACCUUUCGCCCCAGAACCGCACGGACCGGGUUCCCCUCCUCCCAUGGGUCGUCGAGGCGAAYGAUCUUCACAGUAGCCCCGAUGGUUUCAAAGGCCUCGACGGCCUUUUUGCAAGAGGGUGAGUUCUCCCACGUGUACAUCACUGUCGUGUUGAUGCGUGGUUUGUAGGGGAGUAGUUUGUUGAGGAUUGGAUUUGUGCAACACAGUAUCAAAAAUGCAACAGUCCAAAGAGUCACGUCAGUAUGAAAUGUCCGUAGGAUGCGGUCGAAGGUAUCAGCUGCACGGUUCUGUCUAUGACAAUACACAGUACAUUCUUACCGSAGGGGGCUGAUGAAAUGGUGUCCUCGAUURUCGCGGAAACGGCUUCCUUAUCGUAGUCAUCUCCGGCGAGAACAUCGGCCAGCACUUGCUUGAACCCAUUCCCUUCCGCAUUGGAUUCUCUAGCGAUCCUGAAACUCGUUUGGAGGGUGUCAACGAAGGAAUUCGAGUCGGAGCUGCUGGCGCCGAGUUUUUUUGCCAUCGGACGCGUCGGGUGCAACGGGGAAGACAGAAAUGCGUCCCCAGAGGCUAUCGCGAGUGUCAAGAUUAGGAUUGACUUGAUCAUUGUCACAAAAUGUUGUGUGUCAAUGGGAAAACUCUUUGUGUCCGUUUAUGGUUCUUUCCUCAUCGGGUUGUUCGUCGAUAAGUACUAGCAUGUGUAGACGACUACGCUACGAGUGCCGUAUGGCAAGUAUGUUACGUACCGUACGUACGAGGAAGAUCUCAUACCUCAUCCGAGCCGAUAAACUCACUUCUUCUAG